CGUGCAGUUUCCCGUCAUUUUCCAAAUUGUUUUGAUUCUACAGUUCUUAAUUCUUAUUUCUAUAAUACCGAUUUGAUAGUUGAUUUAAUGAUUAAUAUAUUUUGCUUUUAGUCUUAAGUAUAUUUUAUAGUUUAUACUUUAUUUGUUUCACUUUUGUCUUUCACGCCAGACGGGCCAACAGCCAGUGCGUACUAUUGGAAUUGAGCACGUCAUAAAAGUUUCUCAAACAUAAUCAUGAAAUUAGUCAAAUUUUUGAUGAAACUCAGUCAUGAAACUGUGACAUUAGAACUUAAAAAUGGUACCAGUGUUCAUGGAACGAUUACAGGUGUUGAUGUAGCAAUGAACACUCACCUUAAAGCUGUUAAAAUGACUGUAAGAAACCAACAACCUAUACAUUAUGAAACACUCAGUAUUCGAGGUAACAACAUUCGAUACUACAUUUUACCUGACUCUCUUACUCUUGAAACCCUAUUAGUUGAUGAUGCCCCCAAAUCACGAAUGAACAGAGCUGGACGAGGAGGUCGUGGAGGGCCAGGAAGAGGUGGCCGUGGUCGUGGAGGUCCUAGAGGACGAGGAGGUCGUGGAGGGCCACGUGGAAGUGGUGGUGGACGUGGGCGUGGUGGUCCACCUCGACGUUAACACUUGCAUAAAUUAUUCAAUUUUUAUUCAAAUUUGUGUAUUUUCAAAUUUGUUUGUGUAUUGGUCUAUUUUAAAAAUAUUUA